GUCAAAAUACAGAGCAAGGCAGGUGAGAUCCGAUCAGAUGCAGUUGAUCGUACCUUUCAUCAGCGCAUACCUUCCCCUUUAUAUAUUCAUUCCAUCCCCAGGCGUUGUCUUCUCCGGUUGUUUUCGUUUCCUUGCCACGAUAUUUACAUCCAUUCUUCAUCUCCACGGCUCGCUCUCUACAUGAACUUUGACUUUUUUAUCCGUCUCUUCUUGGGAAUAGCAAUUUUCUUCUCUGCAACAAACAUUGAUAACAUCAUGGAAGAUACCUCACAAUCAGGCCAUCACGCUGGCUGGCAACAUCAGGAGCACCAGGCUGAGAGCACGGAUUCAUCUGACACGGGUCUCGCAACCAAUACUGAGAGCACGGGUUCAUCUGACACGGAUCCCGCAACCAAUACGAAUGUCUCGGGAGGAAAUCCACGACGCAGCACUAGUCUUACAGCAAUAGCUGCCCUGGUCCAGGAGUCUCAGCGGCUUGCUAACGCAUCUCUUGGCCGUGUUUCCCGUUCCCAGAGCGCCUCUAAUGCUAAUGCUACAAUUGGACUUCACGGGAAUGCCAAUUCCCCGAAUCCUGAGGACCGCCUGGCAAUAUUGAACCAGUAUGUUGAACGGCUCCGGGGCCCUAACACCUUGUUGGAGGAGAGACUACAGGCGAUGUACGGACAGCUUCAGCGGUCGAGUAACAACAAUGAUGUCACCCACAUGAGACAGAGAUUCGACGGACGGUUUGCGGAUCUCGAGAAUCGCAUGAACGGCGUGACGGAAAGACUACAGGCAUUGGACGGACGGCUUCAGCAGCUUGGGCAUAACAAUCAUGGCGUUGAGGCACCAUCUCCUGUUGACGCACGGCUUCGGCAGCUCGAUCGCAGGGUGGCCCAUCAGACCGACGCCGCGAUUCGACUUGCGAAUCGAGUAUCGAGGACCAACCAACGACUUGACCGGCUUGAGAGGCGGAUUUCUGAAGAGGAUGACGAUGAAGACGAUGACUAUUGGGCUCAGGUCGAAGAGUUCAUUAGAUGGGCAGUUAGAGAUGCAGUCAGAGAUGCACUUCAUCCAAUUUCGGCUCCUCCAUAUGGCCAUGAUGCACUUGAGCCUCCGCCAUAUGGCCCUCAUCCAUAUGGCCUUCAACCGCUCGGAGUUCCUCCACAUGUCCCACAUUCACCCAGGAUGCCUCCAUCUGGCCUAAUUCCGAAUGAGGCGCCAAGGAGGAUUCCUUUAUAUGGGUUUGAUCGAGCUGCAAAUCGUUUAGUGAGACUCGACGCCCAUGAAGAAGCUACGGACGAAGAAGCUACGGACGGGGAGGCUAUGGAUGGGGUGGCUACGAAUGGGAAUGCUAAUGCUCCGGCAAGGGUGGUGAUGUUGACACUUGACCGCCGUGUUCCUAGUCAGCAUCUUCCAACUCGGCCUCCUAAUUCUCAGCGUCCAAAUUCUCGGCAUCGAAAUCCUCGGCAUCCCCAUUUAUCAUGAGAUGCCCCGUUACCAUGAUGAGAUGGAGUAGAAAGUGUUCGGCUUCACCUCCAACAAAUACUUGAGCCAAAAGGUAAGCAGGUCCAUUCGUCGACGUCAGAGC